CCGUAAAUAUGACGGAGGAAACUCCAACCUAUUCUUCCGUCACCGACAACGCGCUGACCGAGUUUGAAACAUAUGAAGAUUUUCUGGAUUCUCAAAUAACACCAACAGAUCUUUACUAUUUAGAGGAUGAGGAGCUCGCUCGGCAGCUGGUGGAGCUUGGUUACCGUGGCACCGGGGAGGUGCUCAAGCGGGAGGAGUUUGCGGCGAGGAAGCAGGCGGCUGAAGCCAGCCGCAACGCCAAGCGGAACCAGCAGAAGUAG